AUGACCACCGUUGCCCGUACUGUUGGACAAUCUUUUGGCCUCUCGGACGCUGCCCAGACGGUGUGCGACCGGAUGAACGAUGUUUGGUGGGAUUCGUCGAAGAACAACCAGCAGAAAAUUGAGACGAUUAAAGCGCGACUGUCGAUGGUACCCGAUGAGGUGCGCCGCGAGGUGGAGGGGAAUUUGCAGAAAAUUCUAAAGAAGCUGGAGGCUGAAGGCAAAAUA